AUGCUGAUUAUUUUUUAAAUAUUAUUGAACAGCAAGAAAAAAAGAGACCUGGAUCUUGUUAACCUUACUUAUCAAUUAACUCCUAGAAAAUCAUUCUAUUAUGGGAAAUUGAUAAGCUCAGAAAAUGUAAAUUAUCAACAUCAUAUAAAAAAAUCAAACAAUAGUUAAUAGAAAAAAUAAUUAACACCAUCAGUUACUUAAUCUUCAUCAUUAGGUGUUGUAAGAAUAUUUUAUUAUCUAUUUUAAAGGUGAUUCCACUUAAAACUACUAGACCUUCAUUAUAAUUUGAUAAAUAAAUUAUAUUGACUAAAUAGAAUUCAUCUUCUCAAAUUUUAAUUAAAAUUUCCUAAAUACCUAAUCAAAUAUCAAAAGGAGAAAAAACAUUAAUUUAAAAAUUGAUAGAAAAACCAGGCAUUUUAACAAGUCCUGGAGAAUAUGAUAAAUAAUUUACAUAGAAUAAUUAGAAAGAACUUAUUGUAACUUAAUCAGAUAUUUAAAAUGUAAAUAUUCUAAUAUAGCAAGAGUAGUAGGCAAAUACCAUAGGAAAAAUUAAAGUAAUUUUAGCAAUAAUCAUUUGAUUAAAAAGACCAAUCUAACCUAUCAUCUAAUAAAUGUAAUCUAUUAUUAUAGUUUCUCAACAAAAACACAUAAUCUAAACAUAAUAGAUAAAAAAGUAAUAAAUAUUUAAUUAAAAAUAAUUGAUAUCUUCAUUCUAAGAAAAUCAGUCUUAAGGUUUAAAUGAUUUUCCAAUGACAUCUGGAGGAUAAAAUCUUUAAUAAAUCUUUUCAUCAAUAUAAUUAGAAUUAAAGGAAGCUGUAUAAUAAGCUGCAUAAAAUCCUAAUUUAAAUAUGAGAGGUAAAUAUUCUAUUAAAUCCUUCAUUAGAAAUACAAGAACUACCUGAUGAUGCAAAUUCAUCACUUGAUUAAAUUAUUUUAUAUUAAUUUUAAAAGUGA